AUGGCAGAAGGUUUCAUUCAACCAUCUGAUGGAACUAAACAAAUGGAAGAUAUCGGUGGAGAGUAUUUUAAUAAUCUACAGUGGUGGUACUUCAUUCAAGAUGCCAAGAAAGAUGAUGAUGGGAAUAUAGUAUGGUGCAGAAUGCAUGACCUCGUGCACGAUCUUGCACGCUCUGUUGCUGGGAUUGAAUGCUCCAUUAUGCAGGCCGGUGGAGAGUAUUUUAAUAAUCUACUGUGGCGGUACUUCAUUCAAGAUGCCAAGAAAGAUGAUGAUGGGAAUAUAGUAUGGUGCAGAAUGCAUGACCUCGUGCACGAUCUUGCACGCUCUGUUGCUGGGAUUGAAUGCUCCAUUAUGCAGGUCGACAGUGCAGUGACCAUCCCUAACAUAUAUCACCGCUUGUCCUUGGAGUGUGGGUAUAGCAGAUGGGUCCUAACAGUUCCAAAGGCCUCGAGGAAAGCAAACCAUUUGCGAACACUGUUUCUGCUUGGAAGACAUACGUUUAGCAUCCCUCGUAAUCUUUUGGAUAGUGGACGUGGGAUAAGAGAGCUGCAAAGCCUAGAUCUUCGAGGAGAGUUGGUUAUUCGAAAUCUUGAGAAUGCGAGGUGCGCAAUAGAUGCCCAGGAAGCCAAAUUGAAGGAGAAGCCAAACCGUAGUGUGUUGGGAUUUUCAUGGGGUCAUGAUAUUGAUGUUAAAUUGAGAGAAAGUGUCAAGCAAACCCUCGAAGGUCUCCGACCACAUCCAAAUCUCAAAAAGUUGGUGGUGGAAGAGUAUGUGGGUGUCCAAAUGCCACAUUGGAUGAGUUCUUGGUUGCUUCCAAAUCUUGUUGAACUCUCACUAAUCAAUUGCAAAAGAUGCGAAGAGCUCCCCCAGCUCGGCCAAUUAUCAUUCCUUCUUGUGAUACAAGGAAUGGAUGCUGUGAAAUCUAUUGGCAACCAUUUCUAUGGUGAUGAAGUCACAGAGGGAUUCCCAUCUCUGAAAGUACUCAUCUUCAAAGAUCUGCCUAAUUUAGAGGAGUGGUCAGGAUUCAAUGGAAGAGAAGUACUCCCUCACCUUGACAAAUUAACUGUCUGGAGAUGUCCAAAGUUAAUAAUGCUUCCAUGCCUUCCGUCUCUAAAAGAGUUGCAAUUGAUGGAUAGUGAUGAGAUGUUGUUAGGUUCCAUGGGAAACCUAACCUCACUUUCCUCCCUUCUUAUUGAAAGUUUUGAAGAGCUAAAGUUGCUACCGGAUGGCUUGUUGCAAAAUCAUACCCGUCUCUCGAUGCUAUCAAUUAGACGCUGCCCAAAGCUUGAGUCUCUAUCGGGGGAGCUUGGAAACCUUGCUGCUCUAGAGUCCCUGACAAUUUCUUACUGCCGUGAGCUGCUAUUAUUGCCAAUGGAAUUGCAAAACCUUGCCUCUCUCCGUUCUCUGUGGAUUGAGGGGUGCAAUGGUCUAACGUCCUUGAGACUACAUGGCUUGAGCUCUCUUCAACGUCUUACCAUUUUUGAUUGUUGA